AGUUUUGCAGCCCAAGGAGGGUGGCGUGGAUCAGGGCGCUGAGACAGGUUUCGGGCUUGGGACUGCGCAGCCGCGAUCCGCGCAUGCCUGAAAACGCGACGGAAUUAAGUUACGUGCGCGGCGACGCCUGGGCCGCCAUACUUGGGUGACGGCAGCUCGCAGAGGACAAACUCCCACGCGCUUUUCCCGUGUCUCUUCUUUCCUCAGAGUGAGGCAAGACCUAAGAGGAGCUAAAACUAGGUCCAAGGUAGAGAGCGGCUCCGGUUAGAAUGAAGAAAAUAACAAGGUUAUCUCCGGAGGGUGGCGGUUGAGGACCUCACACGCGAGCGGGGUGGUGGCCGAAGACGCUGAGGGACGAGUGCAUUCUCCCCGAAGUUCAGUUGGGCGAUGCCAACUUAAGGGUCUGAGAGGGGUGGCAAGGAACUGAGAUUCACUCCGCGGAGGCUGGGCGAGUGUGGAAACCCGAAGGGAGCGGACAGUCGCCGAAGGCCCCACUUCCUUUCCCCAGCCCGUCCCUCUCCGGCCAUGAGCGGUGUAGUGCGCACCGAGCCGCUGCGCGGGGAGCCUCCGCUGCGGGUGCCCGGCGACGCCUUUUCUGUGGUGGUUCUGCUGCAGGGCUACGCGGAGCCCGAGGGGGUCGGCGACGCCGUGCGCGCCGACGGCUCCGUGACCCUUGUUCUGCCCCAGGCCUGGGGCCCGGCCUCCGGCCACCGAGAGCCCCCGCCCGAGGACUACGAGGCGAAGACCGCCCUGGAGGAGGCGGCCCGUGGCCCCAUCCUCGUGGACACCGCGGGGCCCUGGGCUCGAGAGGCACUCUUGGGGGCCCUGGCAGGGCAGGGCGUGGCCCCGGGAGAUGUGACUCUGGUGGUGGGGACCCACGGACACUCGGACCACAUCGGGAACCUGGGGCUGUUUCCCGCGGCGGCCCUGCUGGUCUCGCACGACUUUUGCCUCCCCGGGGGCCGCUACCUCCCCCACGGGCUGGCUGAGGAGCAGCCUCUGCGGUUGGGGCCGGGACUCGAGGUGUGGGCCACGCCCGGCCAUGGUGGCCAGCGGGACGUGAGCGUGGUGGUGGCUGGCACGGCCCUGGGUACCGUCAUGGUAGUGGGCGAUGUGUUUGAACGUGAUGGGGACGAGGACUCGUGGCAGGCGCUGAGUGAAGACCCGGUGUCCCAGGAGCACAGCCGGAAGAGGGUCCUAGCCACUGCCGACGUGGUCGUGCCUGGUCACGGAGCCCCCUUUAGGGUGAUCAGGGAAACCUCGGCGCCAGAGACAGAGGGUCUGGGGAACAGCCGGCCAGAUCUCGUGAUCGGAGACAAGGAGCCCACGGUGCACCGAUAAACCCCAGUCUUGACUGAAUUCCUUUCAGGGACCCCAGCCCCCCACCCCCAGACAAGAAACUGACGUCCAGGACACGAGAGGAUAUGUCAGAGAGGAGUCAUGGGUUGUCACUUCCAGCCCUCGCAGGAGGCCAGUUUUCCAGCGAGGACAGAGUACUUUUGCCACAGCUGUCACCAGUAUCACUAGGACCAAAGACUGGCACAGCUGUGUGACACCUCUCGGGCUUCAUUAGUAAAAUGGCAGAAUGUUCUUGGGAGAGUCUUCCAAAAUAAAAGUAGAAACUGCAUUGAAAAUCAUACUGCCCUUCAACUAUUCUCCAAUAAAAAAUAAAAAAAAGUCAUACUGCCCUAAAUGUAAAUGUGAAGCGUUCAUAGUGAUAAUCAUGCAGAUAUAAUCCAGCAAGUGCAACAAGGAGACACUUUGGCGAUACAUCGCCUGUUUCUCAGAGGAAGCAGCUUGCUGAGAGAAGGUGCAGGGCAGACAGGUAUUCUAGUCAUCUGACUUUAAGUUAUUAAUUCGUUCAAUGAAUGCUGCUUAACACACCUGCAAUGUCUCAAGCACGGCUCGAGGUCACGGGGAUACAGCAGUGAGCAAGCCAGACAAACUCAAGGAGACAGGUUCACCCAGAAUCUGUCAGCAUUCCGUGGAGAAGUCAACGACUCGAUGAAGAAUUCCACUUACGGCGUGAAUAGCAAUGAUAUGAGCUGACACCUCCUUGGACUCUACCUGUACAGAGCAGCGUCCCUUUGGUCUGGCCCAGAGGGGCGAACAAUUACAAUGGAGAGGGCCUGGCUGAUCCUGGCCCCCUCCUCCAGGGGUGUGGGGAAAAUGGCAAAGGUCAACUAGCUUCUUCCCCAGGGAAUAGGGGUGUGAGUGCACUCACUAGGGGGGCAGGGCGCUGCUGGUUCCUGGGGGAUUGGGUGGGAAGGGUGGUGGGAGGAGACAGAGACACAAAUGUGUGAGACUCCAGCCCUCUCCUCCUGGGGCCGCCCACGGGGAAAGAACCCCAGUGUCCUGUCACAACCUGCCUUGUAUAAACAUAUACAUUUUUUCAUAACAUUUUGAACAAGGUUUAUAUUGACUCAAGUUUAAAAACAAAGUGUGACUGAAAAUUUUUUACAGAGUCUAGUGCACCAAUGCUGAUGUGAGGGGUUAUGUAUGCAAGUGAGGAAAAAAUGUGUAUUCUGGUGGCCUGAAGCUUUACUGGACGAGGAUGUGUGAACGUGCAGAGAUAUAUUUAGUGACACAGUGUAGAGAGGCAAAAA